UUACGAGCUUGGAUCGCGAUUUUCGCAUUGCGGUGUCGAAUCGAAUACGUACGCGCGCGCGUUGAAGUCUUUGGUUGUUUUGGUUGUUUGUGCUUUCACCACUUCGCGCGUUUAAAGAAGCUACGAAAAAAGCCGGUUCGGAUUCUGAUUUCAAACACUAACUGUGCGGGUUUGCGAAAGAAAAUUUGUGCGGUAAAAAGUGCAUUCAAGGUUCGAUUUUAACCUCGAGAGGAGAACCAUUGCAGCUGGCGCAAUGACUAUUUACGGCAAAUUGGUUCAAAUCAUUAUAAUCUCGUUUUGAUGAGAAGAACUUUUCUGCUUUACGUCGAAGGCGGUCGUCGCCUUCUUGGAGUCCCCCGUUAGCUGGCCGAUUGAAGAGAAAGACCGUGGUUUCAUCUGGUGGACAGUUUGUUUGAGUUGGCCGGUGCUAUGUGAUCAAGGGAGGUGUGAGCUUAUCGAAAGAUACGGCAUGCACUCAACCAACUUUACCCCCAGCGAUGCAAUAUUCGUCUCCUUGUGGUUUUGGAUCGAAAUCCAUCUGCUGGCGAUCGCUAUUCUCCUCUCGUUGUCAUCACUUUUCGUUGAAAGAAUGUCCCCACGAAAAGCGCCGCUACACAAACGAACAGUUUUGAUCACCAACGGAACCGCAUCAUUAUCGCAGGCCCUGUGUGAGGAACUAAUCGAAAAGUACGAUUGUCGAGUGGUGCUUGUAUCGGGCUCAAACCAGGAAACGAUCCGACAGCAUGGCUCGUUACAGAUGUUUUACUGUGAUCUAUCCAAUAGGCAGCAGGUUACUGAUCUGGCAAUCAUCAUUGAGAAGGAAUUUGAUCACAUCGAUAUUGUGAUUCAUCAGGACUCUUCCGUAGGUGUUGGACGUACCCCGCAACAAGCGGAACAUUUCGUCUGUCAAUCUUCGUCAGAUAUCCUAGGAUUCGUCAAUAUUUUGACUAAUUUCGUUCCUGCAAUGCUCCACCAUGGCGGCGGAAAAAUUGUUUCUAUUAGAAAAACGCUCCAGAGCACCAAAGCUCUUCUAGACAGUGAGUCUCAAUAUCAUGAUCUCGUAAAAAGCAUUUCACUGUCGACGCAGACUGCCUCGAUCAGCGGCCCAGAAAGCAUUCAACUUUCGACCAUUUUCUGCGAUCUUCUCCAUCAGCAGCAGCAACAUCCACCACCACCAGCAGGCACGAAAUUAACGUUCAACCUUAACCUGACCGAUCGUGAGCUUGCUCAACGAAUCCUAAGGGGUAUCGAAUCGGAACAAUCGAUCGUGCAAGUCAGCGUGCGGCGCAGUUUGCUCGAGCUAUGUUCCAACAACAUCGCGCAACUGGCUGCCUUCGGUCUGGACAAGCUGCGGAAAGCUCCGAAAAUUCCUACCAAAGUACGAUAAUAAAAAAAAGAAUGCUAGCUAUUCA